AUGGAGGCCUUUACAUUUGCUGUGACCACCCAGGUGGAUCUUCCUAUUCGCAUUAAGAUUGGCUCCUUAGAGGGAAAGCAAAAACAGAUCCCAGGCAGCGUUCUCCAUGAGGACGCCGAGCUACGGCAUAUCGGCUCUGUCCAGGACCCCGCUUCCGAUCUUUAUGUGACUGUGCAGCUAUGGUCCGAAUCAAAACCUCUCGGUGUGCCCAUGAAGACCAGAUACAAACCCUUUAAGAGCGCUCGGGUAUGGAAUGAAUGGCUGCAAUUGCCUAUGUUCAUCAAGGAUGCAGAACGCAACACCCAGCUAGCCAUCACAAUUGUUGAUCUGUCUCCGCUGGCCCGUGAUCGGAUCACACACAUACCAUUUGGUGGAACUACAAUCAGUCUAUUUGACGAAGAUGGAAAGCUGAAAAUGGGCAGGCAAAAGUGCAAGGUCUAUCUUCAUAAAAAUGCGGAUGGUUCUGCUUUGACUUCUACCCCCUCAGUCCCACGGCCCAAGCGUCGCAAGCCUAACACUCGCGAUCCUUCUCAACAAUCACCAGAAGAAGCGGAAUUAGAAAGAGUCGAAGUUCUGAUUAAGAAGCAUGAAAUGGGCGAAAUACCACGUGUGGACUGGAUGGAUCAAUUGCUCUUUCGCGAGCUGGAGAAGCUGAAGCUCAACGCAGAUGCGGCCGCCGAAAAGCGAGCCCUUGAACUCGAGGCAGCCAUGCAGAAGGAUUUUGCGAAUGUGAAAGAUCCAGACGAUGAUUCCGAGGAGGAAAAGCCCGAAGAUGAAUACUUCGAACUUUACGUUGAAUUUCCACGCUUCGACCACCCAAUUGUUUGGGCCGACCACGAAUAUCCACCACCGCCUAUUUCCACAUGGUCCCUGAAUGCACCUCCUCACCCCAACUCGACACUUAAACCAGUCCCGGAGGUUCACUUUGGACCUGGAAUAGCACGCGCCGAUCCCCAUCAUGUCAUUAGAAUCUACGAUCCCGAGGUUGGCCAAAUUGGCAACCCUUGUGAGGACAAGCACCGACGUUUGAUCCGAAGCCACCGCACCGGCAUCAUGGACCGUGACCUGAAACCCAACCCAAAGAUUCGAGAUGAUCUCAACAUGAUUAUCUCCUACGAACCAACCCAGGAUCUCACUGCCGAGGAAAAGGAUCUUGUGUGGCGUUUCAGAUACCAUCUCACCCGCGAAAAGAAGGCAUUGACCAAAUUUGUCAAGUCCGUUAACUGGCGAGAUGUCGGGGAAGCGCGGCAAGCCAUUGAAAUGUUCCCCAAAUGGACAGAGAUCGACGUUGACGAUGCUUUGGAGAUCCUCGGUCCUACCUUUGACAAUGCUGCCGUUCGUUCAUAUGCCGUGGAAACGCUUCAAAAGGCAGAUGACGAGGAGCUGCUCCUGUAUCUGCUUCAGUUGGUGCAGGCCCUGAAAUACGAUGCAACCCCCGAGGGCCAUCCCGACGCGGCUCCACAAGAUUCCUCGCUUGCUCAUUUCCUUAUUUCGCGUGCAGCCAAUAAUUUCAAGCUUGGCAACUACCUCCAUUGGUAUCUUAUGGUCGAAUUUGAUGAUGCUGAUGCAGUGCAGCGUCGGCUCUUUGCGCGGGUGGAAUACUACUUCAUGCUUGAACUGGAGAGGCUCCACCCAGAGCACAGAAAGACGCUCUUGCGUCAAGGUGAAAUGGUCGUUGUGCUCUCGAAAAUUGCCAAGGAUGUCCGCUUUGCUCGUGAGAACAGAGUUGGCAAGAUUGAAAUGUUGAAAAAGUAUCUUCGGGAUCCACAAAAUGACUUGAUCAAUAUCGAUCCCCCGCUGCCGUUGCCUUUGAACCCUGAUGUUGCGGUCACUGGCUUGUUCCCGGAUGAAUCCAAUGUUUUCAAAUCUACCCUUUCGCCUCUGCUUAUCACUUUCAAGACUUCUGACGGGGAUCGCUAUCCUAUGCUGUUCAAGGUCGGUGAUGACCUUCGUCAGGAUCAAUUGGUGAUUCAAAUCAUCAUCCUGAUGGACCGUCUGCUGCAAAAGGAGAACCUUGAUCUCAAACUAACCCCUUAUCGAAUUCUUGCUACCAGCGCAACGGCCGGCGCGGUGCAAUUCGUUCCUUCGAUUUCUCUCUCUGCGGCGUCCGCCCAAUACAAGUCCAUUCUUGCCUACCUGAGAAUCAACAAUCCAGAUGAGAACGAGCCUCUUGGUGUACGCAAGGAGACAAUGGAUACAUACAUCAAAUCAUGUGCAGGAUACUGCGUCAUUACAUACCUCCUCGGCGUUGGCGAUCGUCAUCUCGAGAAUCUUCUCUUGUCACCAGACGGUCAUUUCUUCCACGCCGACUUUGGAUUCAUCCUCGGCCGUGACCCGAAGCCUUUUGCGCCUAUGAUGAAACUUUGCAAAGAGAUGGUUGAGGGCAUGGGUGGCACAUCCUCGCCUCAUUACUUGCAAUUCAAACAAUAUUGCUACACCGCUUACACCACUCUGCGCAAAUCCGCCAAUUUGAUCUUGAAUCUGUUCAGUCUGAUGGUGGAUGCCAACAUCCCCGAUAUCCGUGUGGAGCCGGACAAGGCCGUUCUGAAAGUGAAGGAGCGUUUCCAUCUCGAAAUGACCGAGGAAGAAGCUAUCCGACACUUCGAGCAACUUAUCGCGGACAGCGUCAAUGCCAUUUUUGGUGUUGUUAUCGAUCGCUUGCACGACUUCGUCCAAGGUUGGCGGGCAUAA